UGGGGGAGGGACUACCUGCUUGCAGAUGAAUUUUAAGAAUGGCAGUCAAGGGCCGGAUCUUCUUGCAACAGUACCCAUAAAUGCGGGGCAGCUGCGAAUCCUUGAUGUUGAAGAAAAUUUGCCUUUAGGUGUAACAAAAUGUGUUGCAGUUAUGGUGCUAGAGAUUUAAUUUUGAUUUAUUGACUGGAGAUUGCUGGACUAAGCAAAUUUAACAUUUUGAUCAUGAUGCUGGAUAGCUGUUUCUUUUCAGUGCAUUGUGCUUUAUGAGGCAGCAUGACAGCAAUGACCCUUUAUUGGAUUUGUUGACUUCCUUAUUAAGAACCGAUAUAAUUGCUUGUGUUUUAUGUUUCAUUGGCAUUUCAUCCCAACAUAAUGGAUGCAUUUUUCAAGCGACAUUUCAGGAAAAAAGAAUCUUCUUCAAAGGCUACACCAGAGUACUGCAGACGCCGACGCCCUAGUGCAGCAGUGUCAACCAGCAAGGCCAGACGAGGGUCAAAUGCAGGCUUGCCUUCUGCUGUACUGAUGCAGAGACGACGUUCAAGUGCACAAGUGCAAGAAUCUCCUUUGAGCAUGACGAAAACAACUGCUAAGCUUACUGGUACUAAAGGUCGGCGUCGGUCAAGCACAACAACCCCUUGCCUUAAUCCCAGGUUUGCAGUCCGAAGAAAAAGAGGAAGUAGUUUACGUACUAUAGACACUCAUCUUCUCAGUCCUUCCAUGCUUCUUGCCAGCUUAAUCCACAUGGCAAAUGAUGAAGGACAGAGCCGAAGUGCUUCUGUAAGAGACUGUGAAACAGAAAAUGACAUUGGUGUGCUUGCUUGUGGGAGUCAUACCCAUUGUUCAAGCGGAUCUGAUGUUGAUGGUGACCUUUUCUUCAGUGAAGGCAGCUGGAGUGAAACCAUGUCUUCUGAGUCAGAAGAAGAGGAGGAGGAGGAGGCGGCUGAAAGGGAGGGUGUAAUAGCUGAAACAAAGCACAGUCAAACAGCACAAGUGGAAGCAUUGUAUCCAGCCCUUGUGGAACGUAUCCAUACUAGACCUAUCAUUUGGCCACCCCAAUGUCUGAGGCGUAAUUCUACUCACCUUCUACCUGCUGAGUUUGUUUAUGGAAAAAUACAAUAUGGGCUUUAUGGAAAUUACAGAAAAAUCAGUCAGCGUCGGUGUUCUAGUGAUGUCCCUAUGAGUGAGAGAAUUUCUAAAGUUUCAAGACCUUAUUUCGGCAGAUAUCCACUUCAGAGGGGUCCCUCUUCAAGUAGUCAAGCAUCACUGACAGCAAGGAGGAGUUCUGCAUCUUCUGUCAACCACAUACCCUGCCAGUGGAGAAAAAGAGCUGAAUGCAGACAAGAAAACAUUGUUCAUCAUGCAACAUGGGAUGACAUGUUAUUGUACGUAUAUCUCAGCUAUAGCGUAUAUCUUCAGAGGCUGUUAAUCUAAACUGUUGCAUAAUCUACUAGCCUUUUCAGAUGUUUUUCUAGUACCACUUUCCAUCAUCUAAUAAACUACAUUUUCAUUUUGCUUCUUUUUUUUUUUUGUCUGGAAUGUGCUUAAUCUUUCAUGAAAUGAUUUCUCAGCUUGUAUUCAUUUUUUGUUAUGUGACCUUUGCUAGAAUUUCAGGUCCUUGAAGAGCUGAAGUUUUUUAAAGGUUUGUUUUGGUGUUGCUCAGGCUUUUUGGUAUAAUUAUUAUGUAAUUAAAAUAAAUGCAUUAUUUUUUGAGCUCUGCAAG